AUGGCGAUGCGCCCGGCAAGCUUACUGCUGUUGCUGGUGCUGCUAUCCGUCGCCGUCUCCAUGUCCAUCUCAUCGGUACCCGUGGCCGCACAAGCCGGCGACGAGGCCGCGCUGCUGGCGUUCAAGGCCGCGGCGGUCGCCGGCGGCGCCUACGACGGCGACCCGCUUGCCUCGUGGAACAACGCAAGCGGCGCCGGCGGCCGGUUCUGCAGCUGGGAGGGGGUCAGGUGCGGACGAAGACUCCGGCGGGUGGUGGCGCUGAGCCUGCCCUCCCGCGGCCUCACCGGCACCCUGUCCCCAGCCAUUGGCAACCUCACGUCCCUGCGAACGCUGAACCUGAGCUCCAAUUGGUUCCAGGGAACCAUCCCUGCAAGCGUCGGCCGCCUGGCACGUCUGCAGACGCUUGACCUGAGCUACAACACCUUCGACGGAGGGAUGCCCGUCAACCUAAGCUUCUGCGCCAGCUUGCUGUUCUUCGACCUCAGCAGCAACCGGCUCCAUGGCCGCAUUCCUGCUGAGCUCGGCCGCGAGCUCGCAAACCUUCAGAAGCUCUCGCUGGCGAACAACAGCAUGACCGGCAGUAUCCCAGCAUCACUAGCCAACAUGUCAUCUCUGUACCAUCUUGAUCUGGGUACUAACCAGCUCGAGGGCCCCGUGCCGCCUGAACUCGGCAGCAUUGGAGGCUUGCGCUUCCUCUACCUCAACAUGAACAACCUCUCAGGUGUGCUUCCACACUCUCUGUACAAUCUGUCCAUGCUGCAAGAACUGUCCGUAGUUAACAACUCGCUGUCUGGAACCAUUCCUGCAAAUGUUGGCGAAAGGUUCCCCAACAUCGAAGUUCUUCACUUUUCUGCCAACCAGUUCCAUGGAGCUAUCCCGGGUUCACUCUCCAACCUCUCUGCUCUCAAGGAUCUUCAGCUCGUGCGGAACAGUUUUAGUGGACGCGUUCCUCCUACUCUGGGGAGACUGAAAGGUCUCGUUUCCCUAAACUUGUUUAGCAACAAGCUGGAAGCAGAUGACAGGGAGGGGUGGGAAUUCAUCACUGCGCUGGCAAACUGCAGCCAGCUUGGGUUCUUGGAUCUUGACGACAACUCCUUUAGUGGAAAACUUCCUAGUUCAAUUGCAAACCUGUCGACGACUCUCCAACUUCUUGGUCUGGGAGACAAUAGGAUUUCUGGGUCUAUUCCAUCCAACAUCGGUGAUCUGGUUGGUCUGCAGUCACUUGGGAUGGAGAAUACUUCCAUAUCCGGAGUGAUUCCAGAGAGCAUUGGUCGGCUAGAGAACAUGGCAGUGUUAGAGAUUUACAGCACUCGCUUGUCAGGCCUCAUACCUUCAUCACUAGGAAAUCUCACGCAGUUGAAUGUGCUUGCUUUAUACAAUUGCAACUUGGAGGGGCCAAUUCCAGCAAGCUUGGGAAACUUGAAGAACAUGUUUGUCCUUGAUCUCUCAGCAAAUCGACUCAACGGAUCGGUUCCAAGAGAGAUCUUUAAACUUCCUGCACUUUCCUACUACUUAGAUUUAUCAUACAAUUUGUUGUCUGGGCCACUUCCUAGUGAUGUUGGUAGGUUGGCAAACCUUAACCAACUGAUUCUGUCAGGAAACCAGUUUUCUGGCAGCAUACCAGAUAGUAUCGGAAAUUGCAUAUCGUUGGAACGGCUGUUGCUGGACCAAAACUUGUUAGAGGGAAGCAUACCACAAUCUCUGAAAAAUGUAAAAGGUCUUGCUCUAUUGAACCUGACAAUGAAUAAACUGUCUGGCAAUAUUCCUGAUGCCCUUAGUAGUAUUGGUGGAUUGAAACAGUUAUAUCUAGCGCACAAUAACUUGUCCGGUCUGAUACCCUUAGGUUUACAGAAUUUGAAAUUCUUGUUGAAAUUGGAUCUGUCCUUCAAUGAUCUGCAAGGUGAAGUGCCAAAGGGGGGUGUUUUUGCAAAUGCAACUUACAUGUCGAUCCAUGGAAAUGAUCAGCUUUGUGGCGGAAUACCUCAACUUCAUUUAGCUCCAUGCUUCAUGUCUAGUGCAGAAAAGAAAAAGAAGAAUUUGUUGAAACCCCUUGUGAUCACCCUAACAUCAAUCAGUGCAGUUAUAUUCUCAGUUUCAGCAGUAGCUCUUAUUGUGUUGAUUCGUAAGAAGCUUAGGAAAAGGCAUGAAAGUCAACUUAUAUCCACAAUUGAGGAACGAUAUGGAAGAGUUUCUUAUCAUGCAUUGUCAGAUGGGACAAAUGGAUUUUCAGAGGCCAAUUUUCUUGGACAAGGAAGCUAUGGCAUGGUUUAUAAAUGCAUUUUACAUGAUCAGGGCACUACAGUAGCCGUAAAGGUGUUUAACACACAACAAUCUGGGACUACUAGAAGUUUUGUAGCUGAAUGUGAGGCACUGAGAAGGGUGCGUCACCGUUGUCUGGUAAAGGUUAUCACCUGUUGCUCAAGCAUAGAUUACCAGGGUCAAGAGUUCAAAGCAUUAGUUUUUGAGUUCAUGCCAAAUGGUAGCCUAAAUAAUUGGCUUCACCCAGAGUCUGACACGCCCGCUCGGACAAAUUCUCUUAGCUUAGAACAAAGGCUACACAUUGCUGUUGAUAUCAUGGAUGCUUUGGACUAUCUUCAUAAUCACUGUCAGCCACCUAUAAUUCAUUGUGAUAUCAAGCCAAGCAACAUCCUCCUCGCGGAAGACAUGAGUGCCCGAGUUGGAGACUUUGGAAUAUCAAAAAUCCUUCCAGAAAGUGCCAGUAAAACCUUGCAAAGUUCGAAUAGCAUAGCUGGAAUAAGAGGCACCAUUGGUUAUGUUGCUCCAGAGUAUGGUGAAGGUUCUUCUGUCUCAACUCAAGGUGAUGUUUAUAGCCUCGGCAUAUUGCUGAUAGAGAUGUUUACUGGAAGGAGCCCAACGGAUGAGAUGUUCAAUGGUUCUUUGGAUUUGCACAAGUUUGCAGAGAAUGCACUUCCAGAGAAAAUAUGGGAUAUAGUUGAUCCGACAAUAUGGAUGCACACAAAUGGCUAUAACAGCACUAUAAGAAGUGGAAUUCAGAAUUGCUUGGUUUCUGUUGUUUCUCUUGGAAUAUCAUGCUCGAAGAAACAACCUAAAGAGCGGAUACUGAUACAGGAUGCAGCCAUUGAGAUGCAUGCUAUUAGAGAUUCGUAUCUAAAGUUUGCCAAUUCUCUUUUGGUGGAGAAUGGAGUAAUAGCACCAAACCACAAUGAUUUUCCGCAACAGUGAAUACAUUGGACUGAAAAUGGGCAAGAUGCCUGCAGCAUAAGGGGUGGACUCUGAGGUGUUAACUUAGAGGCCUGCUGGAUUUGCAUGAGUAGUAAGUUUGCCAAGGAUGCCCAUAGUGGGAAAAUACCCUUGGAUAUAGCAGACCCAACAAUCUUGCUGCAUGUAGCAUCAAAGGAUAGAAUUACAAGAAGCAGAAUCAAGGAUUAUUUUGUUUUUGUCUUCAGGUUUAACAUUCAAGAGAGCAUACGGUGAUUGGAGAGGCAGAAGCAGAGAUGCAUGCUGGAUUGCUGCUGGAAAUUUUUCGUACCUAUUCCUUUUCCUGUUAACUUGAGAAUAUAGUGCUUGUAGUCAAUGCAAGAGCAAUGAUCAGAACUGGUCUCUUGAUGUAUGUAAUUACUUGAAAAAAUUGGAGCCAUAUAUGGGAUUUGGAUUAGAUUUUCUUUCAA